GAACACAAGACACGAUAUUUAUCGCAUCGUCUCUUGAAAAUCAAAUACAUCUUAUCGUAAUACGUCAACUUUCACAAUGGGUGGAGAUGGAGGUAGCAUCCCUCGACGCGUGGAGCUUGUAAAGGCAAAAAAGAAACCUGAGCGAGCGAACCGGAGAGCGGCUAACGCGGCGCUAUGGCGUCACUGCACUUUGAGCCAAGACCGACUUCGUAUCCCGAUAGUCUCUUGUCAACUCGGAAGGCUGUACAACAAGGAGUCAGUGAUUAACAAGCUGCUCAGCCGAUCGAACACCAAUGAUGUAGCAGAACACAUUAGGAGACUGAAGGAUGUCCGUGAACUACGUUUGACUGUGAACAACUCACACACACAAGAGUCUGAUCCUCUGAACGAUGCGACUGGGGAGUUUUACUGUCCAGUUACUGGACUAGAGAUGUCCGGCGUUUAUCCCUUCGUCUACUUAUGGACUUGUGGCUGUGUCUUCGCCAAGAAGGCUCUCGAUGUGGUCAACGAUUACCGGUGUAUGCAAAUUAUGGCCGGUUACUUACUUCCACAUUAUUCCAUUGGUGCUUGUGAUUAUCAGGAAAUUAAAGGUAGUGGUAAUGGGCGACUUGACGGUGUUUAUUGGUUGCGUUUCAUUUGGAAAUCACUUUUUUCUUCUAGUGCGGGACGUCAUUUACAGAGGACGAUAUCAUCCUGCUGAAUCCUCAGACAGAAAGCGAAAUUGCCGCGGCGAAACAAAGGUUGGCACAAUAUGUUGCGUCCAGCUCAAAGGCGAAAAGGCGUUCUGCUGACUCAGUGGUGGACACAGGCCCAAGCGAAGCGAAACAGAAGCCCACCAAUAAACCGAACACGAAUACAGACGAAAAACAUGAUGAAACCGACGAGGUGACCGAGGAACCACAACAUGAAACCUCAUCUGAUCACACAAAGCCGAAUAAGUCGAUACAAGAAGACCCGAACUCCUCUUCGGUUUACAAAAGUCUGUUUACCACUUCUGAACAGGCCAAAAGACAGCCAAAACCCCACUGGGUUACGUACAACCCUCUGUACUUCCGAUGAAUCUCUCCUCUGCUCUAUUUGAUCAGAAUUGGUUGUUAUGGCCACUCUCUGUACAUAAAGUUGAUUUUAACUUCCUUCU